AUGGGCCAACGUCAAUCCACGAGCAAUACGGAGCAGGAGGAAUCGCCUGCGAAGACAGACUAUUAUGAGCUACUUGGCGUAGAAAGGACAGCGACCGAGGACGAGAUCAAGAAAGCCUACCGCCGAAAGGCUCUAGAGUUGCACCCGGAUCGUAAUUACGGCAACGUCGAGAGCACAACGAGACUGUUUGCCGAAAUCCAAUCUGCAUACGAAGUCCUGUCCGACCCACAAGAAAGAGCGUGGUAUGAUUCACACAAAGACGUUCUCCUUCGCGGAGAUCAGCCGACUGGACCGGGCGGGGAUGAGUUCUCAUACAACACCCGCCUGACGACUGCUGAAGAGGUUAUGAAAUUGAUGAUGAAGUUUAAUGGGCGAGUGGAAUUUAACAACUCUCCUAGCGGCUUCUUUGGUGGCUUGAACGAUUUCUUCAAGCAACUUGCCAAAGAGGAGGACAUCGCGUGCCAAUGGGAGGACCAGGAAGGGGUGGAAUAUCCCGACUUUGGCAUGGACAAUGAUGAAUAUGAAGACGUGGUUCGACCCUUCUAUGCUGUGUGGAACGGAUUCGGCAGCAAAAAGAGUUAUUCGUGGAGGGAUCAAUACAAAUUAUCAGAUGCUCCCGACCGCCGAAUCCGACGGUUAAUGGAGAAAGAGAACAAGAAAUUACGGGACGAUGCGGUGCAAGAAUACAACGAGGCGGUGCGGUCGCUUGUUGCGUUUGUGCGAAAGCGCGAUCCUAGGGUUCAAAAUAACCAGAAAUCUGAGGCAGAACGCCAAAAAGCGCUACGUGACGCAACAGCGGCACAAGCUGCAAGGUCUCGGGCGGCCCGCCAGGCCAAAUUGCAAGAACAGGAUGCGGCCGUUGUGCCAGAGUGGGCCAAGUCGAACACCAAAGAUGAACACGAAGGUGGUUUCUCCAGCGAAUCUGACCUAGAGGAUCACGAGUAUGAUUGUGUUGUUUGUGACAAGACUUUCAAGAGCGAAGCCCAAUUCAACGCCCAUGAAAAGAGCAAAAAGCACAUUAAGCAAUUGAAGCAAUUACAGAGGGAAAUGCGUGCUGAAGGACGAGAGCUUAACCUUGAGAAGCCGAAGGAAGACUCGAACCUCGAAAGCAGUGCUCAGGACGACGAAAAUGUCGAGGACGGCGAUCAGGAAGCGUCCUUUGUUCAAGAUGAUCUCGAUUCUGAUUCGUACGCCAACGUCGAUGCGACGAGUGAAUCACAUAGACGGACAAAUGGAACAUCAGACUCUCCUGCAGAGGAUGCUGAGGACUCGGAACCCUCCAAAGAUGAUGACUAUGCCUCCAGGUCAGAUAUUGAGCAACGCUUGACCGCUGAAGUGACCGACCAACUUCCAGCUUCACUCGAAGACCUUAGUCUCGAGGGUACCCCUGUAACCUCGGACACUGAAGGUUCGUCCCACCCAAAAAUUGGUAAAGCCAAACAGAAACGAGCCAAGAAAGCUGCACAGCAGUCAGUGCAGCAACCUACAACAGGUCCUGGCGAGUUCCAGUGCCUUGCUUGCAAAGCUGAGUUUCCUUCGAAGUCUCAGCUUUUCAAACACCUCGACAAAACCAAACAUGCGGCUCCACUGGCACAGACUAAAGCGGUCAAGGGAGGGAAAGGCAAGAAGCGAUGA